GCGCGUUACGUAAUCGUCUAUUUUCUCCAGUUUCGAGCGACGCACGACGUUCUUGCCUCGCCCAACCUUCGUAGACACAAGAGGUCAUCACGAUGAGCGAAAGACGUCACCGUGCGCUGUCGGUCGGCGCGAGAAACGGAUCAUCAUCGUCAUCAGUCUCCAACAACACGCGACGAAUGUGCCUAUCUCGCGUCCUACAGACUCUACGAGAGAGCGGAUGGUACUGGGGCCCGUUGACCAACGCCGACGCUCAGAAACUACUCGAAAAAACAGCGGACGGGACGUUCCUAUUGAGAGACAGUUCGGAUGAACGACAUCUGUUUACCAUAACUUUCAAAGUCGAGGGUAUAGUAAGUAGCAUUCGAUUAGAACUCUACCGUGGAUUAUUCAGACUCUACUCAAGCGAGUGCGGCAGCUGCCCGGCAUUCGACUGCGUUGUAUCUCUCGUCAACUUCUACAUCAAGAACAACGUCCGCCUCUUCUGGUUGGAACGAACCGACGCUCCCCGGAUAUCAGUCAAACUGAAACAGCCGCUACUGACGGCCGUACCAACCCUCCAGCAUUGGUGCAGACUGUCCAUCAACAGCUGCACUCAUCCGGACAUGAUCAGGAAGCUACCGUUACCUCGAAAAUUAAAGUCGUACGUCAGUGACUAUCAACACUGACGCUCAAACAAUCGAGUUGUUUGUGUAAUGAGAUGGUCUUCCAGGCUACUGUUGCAAUCGGUUGUGUAAAUGCUGAGACGUGUUGCCCUCUAUGGGCUCGCCACGCGUCGGUGCUUGCAACUGUUGUGUGACACGAUCUGGUGGGCCGGACGGACUCGAUGAGCAGCAUGGUUUGAUAGAUUUAUUUUGUUUUAUUGCGUUGACUCGUUACAAUGGCACUCUGACGCUCUUACUCUACUACAUAUUCUAUAACAAUACAAUAGAUGUAUAUUAGUACACA